CUGGAAUUUCUCUCGACUGUGACUUUGACCGAGACAUGUGUCAGUGGAAAUCACGCAAAGGUACCAACAAGUACAAAUGGGCCAGACAUAAAUACACUACUAAGAGCUCAAAUACAGGCCCUGAUGGUGACAAUACUUCUGGAUAUGGUCACUACGUUUACAUGGAAACGUCAAAGCAGAAUGGUCAAGGUCAAACUGCAUAUCUCAAAAGUCCUGCAUUACCACCAUCUGACGCACACUGCCUGACAUUUUACUAUCACAUGUACGGUAGAGACAUGGGAUCCCUCAACGUCUACAUCCAGAAGCCUAAAAGUCGUAAAAAGUUCUUAGUUUUUACAGURUCUGGUGACCAAGGCGACAUGUGGCAUUAUCAAGAGGUUGCUAUAGCAAGCACUUGCAAAUACAGGGUCGUCUUUGAGGGGGUCAGAGGAACAUCGUUUCUCAGUGAUAUCGCGCUAGAUGACAUCUUAUUCAACGAUGGUCCUUGUUAUUAAGAAUACAAAUUUGUUUGAUUUGUAUAACCUGAACACGAAGACAAUAAAAGAUUCAAGCUAGCUUGAG